UUUUUUUUUUUUUUGCUCUUUCUUUUUUGAAUAAAGUUAAUACUAAAACUAUUAUGACAACUUGUUAUCACCAAAAUCAAGCCUUACCAUUGAAAGAAGAAGAAUUCAAAGACUUUUUUGUUACUUAUGAUCAGUCUAUAUGUCAUAUUUCUGAAGACUUAGAUUGUUGGAAAUAUACAGUAAAUCAAAUGCAUCAACAAAUAUUUAAUUCAACUAGUAUAGUUUUUCCUUCACCCGAGAAAUAUUUUUUAAAAAAAGCAAAAGAGGAGAGAAAAUUAGAUAAAAGUUUCUCAGCUUUCAAUUGCGGUUAUAAUGAUUUUUGUUUUUCAGAUCCUUUAAUCUAUCGUAGACAACGAUCAGAGAAUUUGGUUUUCCGUAUGAUACAUUGUAAAAUUAUAGAUAUGAAGCGAGUAUCUAUAAUGCGUCUUUCACAAGGUGUUUUUGUACAUCAUAAAUGGCAACCAGAGCCUUCUCAAUCAUCUCUAACUGUUGCUGAUAUGAAAAAUAAAGCUUUUAAUACUCAUAUUUUUGAUAUUCAAGCUGAAGCACCAAUGAAUACUUAUCAAUGUGACCAUGUUAUCGAUAUACCGCCUAAUAAUAAUUUAAAUUCUUGUUAUGAAGCAUUUAUUCCAUAUAGUUACACAUUUGGAGCAAAGUAUACGAAUCCCUAUGGACAACAAUCUGAACCUAUUUUGCCAUACGUUUCUAUCAAAGGGCUUUUCCCAUUUGCCCCCCAUAUUGCUGUUGCAUUUAAGUCGUUUACUGAAGACGAAAUAAAUCCAAUUGUACCAGAGAUAGGCUUAGUAUAUGAACAUUUCACAUACGAAUACAAUCAUUUUGAAUUGGAAGAAUGUGAACACGUUGAUGUACACUGGCCUGAAAGAAAAAAAGAGGUAUUGAAGAAUAUGCUUGUUUGCGAUCUUCCUGAUAAUUUAGCUGAAAUUCUUACCGAUAUGGCAGUUGUGUGGGCAGCAAGCCAAGGCCUUUUAUUUCAGGAUUGCAACAAUAUUAUGUAAAUAUUUUUUAUUAUUAUUAUUAUUCAUUUUACCUUUGUUUCAUAUACCAUACAAUUCUAAAUUCACGUAUAUUCAUACACUAAUGACGAAUAUACUCUUCUGCUUUUGUAAAUCAAUAAAUAUAGCAAUAUUAUAAUAAACUCUGUACAAAACAGUUAGUUAUUGAUAUAUACAUGUCAUCGAGUAGCUAUAUUAUAUUUCCUUAAUGUC